AUGGCAAUUUCGAACGAGCGGCAGCCAAAAAUUUUGAUUAAAAUCUCACCAGAUUUGCCGGAUUCGGAUUUGAAAGCAGUUGCGCAAAUGUCGCUUGAUAAACGAUAUGGGAUUGAUGGUGUAAUUAUUUCAAAUUUCACUGCUCAUAGGUCACAAGAGAAUACGGGUACUGCAGUUGCAACAACCGAUGGUUUUGUAAGUGGAGAACCGCUACGUGAUAUCAGCACCGAAUGCAUACGCCAUUUUUACAGGCACUUUUUAAUUGCAUUGACAGCUGGCAAAGUUCCAAUAAUUGGCUGCGGCGGAGUAUCAUCUGGUCAAGAUGCGUACGAUAAAAUACGUGCCGGUGCAAGCCUCAUACAGCUUUAUUCGUCAUUGCUUUAUCAGGGUAACGCAUAUUAA